AUGGAGCAAGAAGAACACAGCUAUCUCCCUGAGAUUGAAGAAGAAGAAGAAGAAUACUGCAGUGAACUUUUGCCGCAGCACGUUAUGAAUAUCAUUGCAGAAGAGAAUGGAGAAGGAGGGAUAAGUAGUAUAGGAAGGGGAGGUGGUGAGAUUCCCCAGUUGGUCUCCAUUGGCCCCAACCACUUUGGAAACCCCAAACUUUCAGAAAUGGAAACUCACAAAGCAAAGCUUCUUGAUGUUGAAUCCCGGAGAUGGAGUUCCGGCACCGGAGCAUCCCUCACAAACGCCUUGCUAGAGAUGGAGGGUAGGGCUAGGAAAUGGUACUCCCAUUAUUUCAACCAUGUAGAUGGAGAUGCAUUUGUGAAGAUGUUGCUCACUGACUCCUUCUUCAUCAUAAACCUAUUCAUGGCUUAUGACCACAAAUUCUACAAGGGUGACGGAGAAUUAGCAAACAAUUUGGUGUUUACAACGCGUUGGAUGCUGCCUACAAUUUGUGAGGAUUUACUCAUGCUAGAUAACCAGCUCCCAUUUUUCAUUCUUGCCAAAGUUUAUGUCAUAUUGACCAAUAACGAACCAAUAAAUUGUUUGAAGAAGCUGGCCCUUCAAUUUUUCAAACAAGUCCAAUUUGGGAAAGUUGCAGUAACGGCGGAUGUCAAAUCCACAGCAGAAAAAAACCCAAAACACUUAUUGGAUCUAUUUCACAGCAGUUUCUUGGGAAUGGAUAAAGGAGACAACAAAAAAUCAUCAUCGUCAACAUCAUCAUCGGAAACCAAGUUUUGGGUACAAAAUACCUCAACAUUAAGGUCUAAAGGAGUUACAUUCAUUGCCAGGAGGGAAGCUAGGAGGCCACUGGACAUCCAGUUUAGCUGGCUAGGGGUUUUGAGGAUUCCAACGUUUUGUAUUGACGACACUAACGUUAGUGUCCUAAAAAACUUGUUGGCAUACGAGCAAGGGUCACGUCGAGUGAAACCAUAUUUUAGUAGCCUAACGGUGUUCUUGUCGAACAUUGCAGCCACCCCGGGGGAUGUGAAGUUUCUGAGGGAGACAGGGAUCAUCCAACACCAGCCUGGUAAUGACAACAACGUUGUUGUUGUUCUGCAGGAACUCUACAAGUUGGUUACGUAUAGUUUCGACGACGAUUGCCUGAUUAAAUGUCAGGUAGAACAUAUUAACAGAUUUGUUACUUAUGUUCCAGGUGAGGUUAUCAGUUACAUGAAGAGGAUGUUACUGCCCAACUUUGUCCAUUUGGUUGUGUUAGUGUUGUGUGUUGCCCUCCUCUUUUUUGUGCCGCAUGAUACCUUUAAACACUUUAGAAUUAUUAGAACCUAG